GCGACGGGCUGCGGGCGACGGGGAAAGGGUCUUCCGGCGGCGGCGGCCAUGGCGGUGCGGAGGGCGGAGGGCAGGAGCGCGGCGCUCGCCCGGGCUCAGGCCCAGCUGACGGGGAGGCGCCUCACUGGGAGGGAGGAGCUGGACGGGGCUCCCAGGAACAGAUUGGCAGCCUUGGAGCCCAGCAAAAGCCCUGGCCUGUCUGCCGUCCACAUGGCCAGUGACCUGAGCGACCUCUCUGACCUGGGAAGGAGGGAGCUGGAGGGGGCCAGCUUGGCAGAGACCCCAACACCGCCGCAGACUGGACCCCGCCGCCGGUUUGUCAAGCAGAAACCGCAGGAGGUGGCCCUGGACACCCAGCAGGCAAGGCCCAGUCCUGCCACAAGGACGGGCUUUGCCGCUGCCUCCAGAGGGGAGAGGUCAAGCGCCGUCCUCAGGAAGCUGGCGCAGAUUGAGAGCAAGUUCCACAGCCGGAAGGCCAGGCGGGACGUCGGCCAAGCGCCCACGACGGACGAGGAGAUUUCCCUGAGCGACUUCAGCCGCAGCCCUGAGCCAAGGCCGGGAGGACAAGGGGGCCUGGGAAAAGCCACAGGGCUGAAGGAGACCGCGGCCCCCAUCCGUGGCAGCAGCCAGGGUGGCACAGAGGGACGCAGGCAGGCCCCUCCCAAGGAAUUAGGGGAGCAGGAGGACCUGCUGGCCAGGAAGAAAUGGAUCCGGUCCCCCCCAACCCCACCUUCUUCCCGCCCGAGGUCUCCUUUGCCCGGGAAAACUUUCCUGAAGAGGCCCACGCCCAGGAGUCCUUCGCCACCCGGCAAGCACCCCCCGGCACGGCUGAGCAGGGGAGCACUUCGUUCCUCGACCCCCGCAGGCUCCUCUUCCCCCGACGCGAGCUCCGUGCCCCCGAGGGAGGCGUCUCUCUCUGAGCGAAGCGUGGUGCGGUCCCUCGACGAGCUCUUCUUAGCGGCGGGCGGCGGGCCCAGCGACGACGACUCCAGCAGCAGCAGCGAUUUCAGAGUGAACGUGUUGAGCCUGGACGACUUGGCCCCUGCUGCAGCCAGCCAGACCGAAGUGUCAGGAGAGGCACCUGCGAUGCCUAUGGAGUCAAAGGAGGAGCUGGGAGCCUCCCCCUUUGCUGCCGUCAGCCAAAGCCCCUUCAAAGCCCAGAGCCCCCCCAGGAGAGUAGCUGCUUCCCUGGAGGAGGAGGAGGAGGAGGAGGAGGAGGAGGAGGAGGAGGAGGAGGAGACGGAGGAAGACGAUGAUCCAGGAGACACUGAGAUUUCCGAGCGGCUAAACAGCACUUCUGCUGGGAGCUCCCAUCCCGAGGAGGAAGACGAGGAGGAGGAAGAAGAGAAUCCCACCAGCGCAGAGUAUUCGGAGGACUUUGAGUCCUUGGCAGCAUCCAGGGAGCAACCCUCCUCCAGGGACCCCUCAGGUGCCGGGGCGCCUUCUGAGCAUCCUGCCUCGUCCUCUCUCACCUGCCCUCCAGGGGGCGCCAGGACCACCUGCCUGCCAGUGAGGAUCCUCAUGAAGGAUGCUGCCGUACAGACAGGCCGCUCCUCUCUGGCCUAUUGCUGGCUGCAAGGUGACGCUCCUGCAGCUCUUGGAGAAGCCGGGAGCCUUCUGGAGACCCCGCCCAUCGCCAGCCACGUCGUGAGCUUGGAGACGCUGGAAGCGCUGACCACCUACAGCCCGGCCGUCUUCGCCCUGAACGAGCUGCUGAAGCAGAACGUGCUGCUCAUCCGGCAGUUUGCAGACGCCGCCCGCCAGCUCCACGCCUCCUGGGUGGCGUCCCUGGAGGAACAGAGGGGCUUCCACUACCACACCCUGGAAGAAGCCAAGGAGUACAUCGAGCGCCACAAGCCCCCGCCUCUGACGGUGGAGCAAGCUGUGCGAGAACUGGAGCGCCAAGGGCAAGCUGCCUUUUGAAAAGCGCGCGGGAGGAGCGUCAGAACUGGCCCUCUGGAACGAGAAAGAAACCGCUCGGGUCCCAAAAACCAGCCAGCACUUUUACCAGAAUGAAGAGCUGGGCUCUUUCGGAACGAGAAAAGCAGAGGCCCUACAAAUCACGGAAGAGAGGGGGGGGGGAGGCCAUUGCCCCUCCUGCACAGCCCCCCCAGGACCAUACAGCUUCAACCCAGAGCACUGAAUAGAAACCUCAGCGGAGAUCUAAUUGGGGAGGGAGAUGAGAGGACACCCUGCUAUGUUUUGAGUGUGCAAAAUUCAUCACUUGAACCACCUAUACAUGGAUGAAUGUGGAGACAGGCCUCCCCACCCAAAUAAAUCGCACAAUCUGUA